AUGGUACGAUUUGCUAACCAAACAAGUUUCAAAUUGUUAACUUCAACACCAUAUUAUGCUCAAGCAAAUGGUCAAGUCGAAGCAACCAAUAAAAACCUCAUCACUUUGAUUAAAAAGAAGUUGGAAGAAAAUCCAAGAGAAAUUUGUCUACAAUCCACUAGUGUUCAAAGACAACAUGAAAUUCCUGUUGACCGUUACUGGAAUAUGGUUUUGGAUGAGUUGGUCGAUAUAGAUGAAGAAAGGUUAAAAGCAUUAGAUGUUCUCAUGAGGCAAAAGGAGAGAAUAACCAAGUUUUAUAACAAAAAGGUCAAAUCAAAAACUUUUGAUGUAAAUGACUUGGUUUGGAAAGUUAUCCUGCCUAUGGAUAAAAGAGACACAACCUUAGGUAAAUCGGCACCUGGUUGGGAAGGACCAUGGAAAAUCCUAAGAGUCUUUUUGAAUAAUGCAUAUGAAAUUGAAGAGUUGAAUGACGACAAUCGAAUCAUGUGCAUGGGAAAUACUUGA